AUGGAAUUAUCAGAGGAAGGAAAAUCUUCAUCGUUAUUAGACGAAUCACAAAACGACAAUUUUACUGAAGUCUGUUCACCAUCGAGGUCAUCGCAGCAUGAAGAAUUUAAUCCUGAUGCAGAGGAAAUUAGUACAGAUUGUCGAAAUGGAUCAUCAAUGAGCGGUACUGAUCAUGUGGAAUUUUCGACGGACUCAAAGGAAAAAGAAGAAAAAAGAAAGCGGCAAUGCAUUUAUAAUGCAUCAAAGAUGAUUGACGGUAUAAUUGUAGAGCAGUGCUCAUCAACAGCAAAUGAAGUGAUCUUUACCAAUGAUGAGAAGCAAACGCUCGAUGUUGAUGAUUUGAUUGUCAAAGAUGAAUAUUUGCAAACACGUCGACGUUAUUCGCUUUCAUUGCCUAAAAAGCCUGUUACUUAUCCACGCAGAGUUGGUUCCUGUGAUCUGCUAAAUAUUUCUCGAAUGAAUUUCAGUACUUGUGGAGAAUCAGUAGAAAUUAUUGCUCUGUUGCAUAAAGCCGUAUUUUUUUUGGCUCGAGCCUGUCAGAAAAAUAUUGACAUAGCAAAAAAUAAAUGCCUUUGGACAACAAGUCCUCAGAAUGAAGAUCUUCUCCGUGAAGCGUUUCGGAAAUCAUCAGUCGUUAUACUCAUUUUUCUUGCGAAAGGAACCAACCAUUUUUGUGGCUUUGCUCGAGUAUGCUCCGAAGCAUUAUAUCAUGGACAACCAGCUUUACAGUGGGUAGAUUUCAGUGGCGGUGGUAAUAUCGAAAUUAAAUGGAUUUCAAAAAAGUCAGUUCUUCUAAGUGAGACGGAUCAUAUUAAAAAUCCAUUUAAUAGAGAAAGACCGCUUUAUAUUGGGUUGGAUGGAUCUGAAAUCCAACGACAAGCUGGGCAAAAAUUGUGUUAUAUGUUUCCUUUUGAUGAAACAGUUGAUUUUCGUAAUGUGCUGAAUAUAAAUUCUGGUCGAUUAUGCUCAAAAAAACGAGAGAGAACAGGAACGGGAUCUGGAACCAAUCGAAAUUCAUUGCCUUCACUUUUUGAUUUUUCUAUUUCAUACGAUCAGUUCAAAAAAGCAAGAAGAGAAGUGGAUCAAAUGGAUGUGUUGCCGUGGGAGCGAGUUCCUCCUAUGCAAACCCGAAGAAAUUCUCGUGAACCUCCGGCACAGGCACAGGUAUAUCCUGUGCCUUUAAUGGAUCUUCAUUUUGAUGGCAGACCAGUCUCAUAUCGUGUUGAAUGUUCUACUGAAAAAUAUAAUCGCUAUGCGUCUUCGCCUUAUCCAUCACCAUCGAGGAGGCUAGUUGGGUACAUUUUUGGUUAUCUUUAUUUAGGAUAUUUUUUUUGUUUCACUAAUACCUAUGUUCAACUUUAUGGAAUUUGGAGAAUAUGA